AUGGUCAACAAGGAAAUUCAAGAAAAACUCCAGGCUUUUGUUGCCGAGCGAGACUGGGCGCAAUUCCAUACACCCGAAAACCUCGCCAAGAGCGUCUCCAUCGAAGCCGCCGAGCUCCUCGAGUGCUUCCAGUGGGGGGCAGAACCCGAUCCAAAACGGGUGCAGGAGGAGCUAGCAGACGUCUUGACCUAUUGUCUACUCCUUGCUGACAAGAUGGGUCUCGAUCCGGAUAAGAUCGUUUUGGAUAAGCUUGAGAUUACAAAGAAGAAAUACCCUGUUGAUAAGGCCAAGGGUAGCAGCAAGAAGUAUAACCAGCUUGAUGAUGGUAAAGCUUGA